AUGAUGCAGAGUCUUCGUGAUAGCUCUCAGCAGGACCGUCGGGUCUACGUCGGAAAUCUCUCUUACGAUGUCAAGUGGCAUCACCUCAAGGACUUUAUGAGACAGGCCGGAGAAGUCCUCUUCGCCGACGUCUUGUUACUGCCGAAUGGAAUGUCGAAGGUGGGGUCUACGAACGAUGCUGGGGAUGCGGGCAUGAUUGUGGAAUAUGCCACAAGGGAUCAAGCUCAGACUGCCGUUAACACCCUUAGCAAUCAAAGCCUGAUGGGCCGGCUCGUCUACGUCCGUGAGGACCGCGAGGCCGAGCCACGUUUCAACGGUCAGCCCAACGCCCGUGCGCCUUACGGUGCUCCCGGCGGAGGACCCGGCUUCGGUGCUGGUUACGGAGGCCCCCCUGGCGGAGGCAUGGGCGGAGGCAUGGGCGGGGGCAUGGGCGGAGGCGUUGGAGGCCGUCAGAUUUACGUCUCCAACCUUCCCUACACUGUCGGGUGGCAGGAUCUUAAGGAUCUCUUCCGCCAAGCCGGUGCUGUCGUCCGUGCCGAUGUUCACAUCGGUCCCGACGGUCGUCCCAAGGGUAGCGGUGUCGUUGCCUUCGAAACCCCCGAGGACGCACGUAAUGCUAUCGCCCAGUUCAACGGGCACGAAUGGCAGGGUCGUCAGUUGGAGGUGAGGGAGGACCGCUUUGCCGGUGCUGGCGGAGGUGGCGGAGGAGGUUUUGGUGGAAACAUGGGCGGAGGACGUGGUGGAUUUCCCGGCGGAGGUCGUGGCGGCGGAGGUUUCGGCGGAGGUUUCGGAGUUCCUCGUGCUGGAGGCUUCGGCGGAGGUCGCGGUGGCUUCGGUGGCUAUGGCGGCGGAGGUGGAGGCUUCGGUGGUGCUCGUCCUGGUGGUUUCGCAGGCCCUACCGACUACAGUGCUCCCACACAAUCGGUACCCCCGAACGACUUUACGGAUCAUGCCAGCAGUGGAGGAGAUAGAUCCAACACUAUCUACGUCCGCAACCUUCCCUGGUCUACCAGCAACGAGGACCUGGUCGAGCUGUUCAACACCAUCGGAAAGGUUGAGCGUGCCGAGAUUCAGUACGAACCGAGUGGCCGAUCCAGAGGAACCGGUGUCGUACAGUUCGAUACGGCCGAAAAUGCGGAGAUCGCUAUUACGAAAUUCACCGGAUACCUUUACGGCGGGCGUCCUCUCGGCCUUAGCUUCGUCCGGUACACCAGCUACGGCGGAGAUCCGAUGGAGGGCGCCGAGCAGUCCGUUCCCGACCACCAGAUGGGCUAG